UGUUCCAGUUGUACAAACUUAAAAAAAAAAAAAAAAAAAAAAAAGACAAAGAAAACCACUACUUUCAAAGUAUAUCAGUAUAUCAACUUCCUUAGUAGGACAAAGUAUAUCUAGGAGUCUCCUGUACGAAUACUAUGUAGUUUAUGUAGAAGAAAUGUGUGAUGGUGGUGUCAGUAUAAUUACUUCUCUCCAGUACUUAGUAUACCUCUGCACGCCUACUACUACUACUACUACUACUACUACUACUACUAUACAGCGCAUUUAUAUACAGCCAUGCUCGGUACCACCCUCGGUAGUCCUUCCAGCCUCCUCCUCAUCUGUCAUAUGUUCCCCCUGCCAGUCAGUCCCCACCGCGAUCGGUAGUAUGAUUAGCAAAUGGCCCAGAGAGUCUGAGACGUAAUCUCCCCAUCAUCUCCCCAUCAUCUCCCCCCCCCC